AUGAAUGAAAUUCAUUGAGGGUAGAGGUUUGUAUUUUGCUUUAGGGUCGUUCCAUGCCAUUUCAGCAAGCCAUGACACCCAGAAUCUCAGAUUGUUCUGAAAUCGCUUCUGUAGUUAUAAAUAAAUAAGAUUAGCAUUCCUGCAACAUUAUUUUGUUGAAAUAUAAUUUGAUCUCUGAGAAAUUAACCCUAUACACUCGUGGGAAUUGGCCUAUAUGGAUAGGGGUAAAUUGAAAUGUUUCUUACAGAAUAAAUAUGAAAAGCAUAACCAAUUGCAUAGCAAUUGAAUUGAAGUUUGGUGUCACGAUCGUUGAACGAAGUGGACCAAGGCGCAGCGUGAUGAGCGAACAUACUUUAUUUAAAGAGAGUAAACACUCGAACAAAACAACAAACGAUACGUGCAGUCCUACGGUUAAACACAACCAACACGGAACAAACCAAAAGGAACAAGAUCCCACAAACACUAAGGGAAAACAGACUGUUUAAAUAUGGCUCCCAAUCAGAGACAACCAGCAACAGCUGAUACUCGUUGCCUCUGAUUGGGAACCACUCUGGCCAACAUAGAAAUACAAGAACUAGACUGUGAACAUAGAACAAAACACAUAGAAACUACACACCCUGGCUCAACAUAUAGAGUCCCCAGAGCCAGGGUGUGACAGUACCCCCCCCCCAAAGGCGCGGACUGCGACCGCGCCUCCACAUAAACCAAACAGGGGAGGGCUGGGUGGGCAUUCCUCCUCGGAGGCGGUUCCGGCUCCGGGCUUGCCCACCACCUUCCAAUAAUCCCCCCGUAGCGCCCCUGGUCCGGUCUGGCCCCGCUGGCUGGAGCUGGACUGGACAUCGUAGGAGCGGAUUGCUUCAGCUCCGGUGUGGAGCAGCUGACCGGUACCUGACCAGGCACCGGUGACCCAGGCACGGGUUGUGCCGGACUGACGACGCACACCCCUGGCUUGGUGCGUGGAGCAGAAACGGGCCGGACCGGGCUGACGAUGCGCACCCCUGGCUUGGUGCGUGGAGCAGCAACGGGCCGGACUGGGCUGACGAUGCGCACCCCUGGCUUGGUGCGUGGAGCAGGAACGGGCCGGACCGGGCUGACGAUGCGCACCCCUGGCUUGGUGCGUGGAGCAGCUACGGGCCGGACCGGGCUGACGAUGCGCACCCCUGGCUUGGUGCGUGGAGCCGGAACGGGCCGUACCAUGCUGACGAUGCGCACCCCUGGCUUGGUGCGUGGAGCAGGAACAGGCCGGACCGGACUGACGACUCGCACCCCUGGCUUGGUGCGUGGAGCAGGAACGGGCCGGACCGGGCUGACGACGCACACCCCUGGCUUGGUGCGUGGAGCAGGAACGGGCCGGACCGGGCUGACGACGCGCACCCCUGGCUUGGUGCGUGGAGCCUGGAACGGGCCGGACCGGGCUGACGACUCGCACCCCUGGCUUGGUGCGUGGAGCAGGAACGGGCCAGACCGGGCUGACGACUCGCAACCCUGGCUUGGUGCGUGGAGCAGGAACAGUCCGGGCCGGGCUGGCGACGCGCACCGUAGGCUUGGUGCGAGUGGCAGGAACAGGCCAGGCCGGGCCGGGCUGGCGACGCGCACCGUAGGCUUGGUGCGAGUGGCAGGAACAGGCUGGGCCGGGCUGGCGACGCGCACCGUAGGCUUGGUGCGAGUGGCAGGAACAGGCCGGGCCGGGCUGGCGACACGCACCGUAGGCUUGGUGCGAGUGGCAGGAACAGGCCGGGCCGGGCUGGCGACGCGCACCGUAGGCUUGGUGCGAGUGGCAGGAACAGGCCGGGCUGGCGCCGCACACCAUUAGCUUGGUGCGGGGAGCAGGAACAGGCCGGGCUGGGCUGGCGACGCGCACCGUUAGCUUGGUGCGGGGAGCAGGAACAGGCCGGGCUGGGCUGGCGACGCGCACCGUAGGCUUGGUGCGGGGAGCAGGAACAGGCCGGGCUGGGCUGGCGACGCGCACCGUAGGCUUGGUGCGAGGAGCAGGAACAGACCGAGCCGGGCUGGCGACGCGCACCGUAGGCUUGGUGCGAGGAGCAGGAACAGGCCGAGCCGGGCUGGCGACGCGCACCGUAGGCUUGGUGCGAGGAGCAGGAACAGGCCGGGCCGGGCUGGCGACGCGCACCAUUACCUUCGUGCGGGGAGCAGGAACAGACCGGACCGUACUGGGGACACACACCACUGGCCCUACGCAGGGAUCUGGAACGGGCCGGACCGGACUGGUAACACACCCCAGUACCUCUCGCCGUGCCUCUACACCUUCCUUCCCCUCUUUGACCAGUGGCCCCCGUAACCUGGCGGCCUCCUCUGCCAACCUCCCAAUUCGCCCUGUGGCAGCCUCCUGCUGCCCAGUCGCCCAUGCCGUGUGCCCCCCCCCUAAAAAUUUUUUGGGGUUGCCUCUCGUCCGUCCGACGACGACACUGUUGACGCCGUUGCUCCUCUCUCGCCAGGGCCUUAAUCUUAGCCCAUGGCCCUUUUCCCCCGAGCAUGUCCUCCCAGGACCACACUUUGCCCACCUGGGCCAUCGCCAACCUCUCCAGCUCCUUUCCCGGCGCUUCCUCCCAUGUCCAGGCUGCCUGCUCCUGGACACGCUGCUUGGUCCUGGUAUGGUGGGAUCUUCUGUCACGAUCGUUGAACGAAGUGGACCAAGGCGCAGCGUGAUGAGCGAACAUACUUUAUUUAAAGAGAGUAAACACUCGAACAAAACAACAAACGAUACGUGCAGUCCUACAGUUAAACACAACCAACACGGAACAAACCAAAAGGAACAAGAUCCCACAAACACUAAGGGAAAACAGACUGUUUAAAUAUGGCUCCCAAUCAGAGACAACCAGCAACAGCUGACACUCGUUGCCUCUGAUUGGGAACCACUCUGGCCAACAUAGAAAUACAAGAACUAGACUGUGAACAUAGAACAAAACACAUAGAAACUACACACCCUGGCUCAACAUAUAGAGUCCCCAGAGCCAGGGUGUGACAUUUGGAGAUAAUGGGAAAAUGAUUAGGCCAAAUGUAGUACACAACAGUUCACCUGACACAAGACUGAAUCCAACCAUUACACUGUUGAUUUUAUGUACAUUUUACAUUUACUGUACUUUUCGCCUCAUUUGUUGAUAACGAAAUCUAAAAAUACUCUGGAUACAUUCAGUGACAUAAGACUUUUUCUGGGAAAUGUGGGGUAUGUGCAACAUAAGACAAGAAAAUGACAAGGAUUUGAGUGAGAGGACUAACUGGUGUCUCCAAGUGGCCACACAGCUCUCCAAAGUGUGCACAGUUCCUAAGAGUCUUCAACUUGAGUUCUCCUAACUGUGCCGUUGAGGAACUAGAGCAAGCACACUUUUAGUUGUUUUGUUUGGAACACAAACCUGCAUCCCCGCCAUCACUCAAUUACUGUUGUCGUUUACGCAAUCCAAAAACGGUGGCCAUAAUUUGAAAGCUUGUUCUAUUGCCAACAUGACUAGCUAAGUUCUAAAAUACGAACUUACAGUGUUAAGCUUUCACAAGGCAAUUCAGAAAAACCAAUCAUAAUUUUGUUGUCAUGAUGAGUUUAUUCAGGUGUGUGUACUGCACCAAUUUUUUUUCACAAGAAACAAACAUAGGCUCAUUCUGUUCAGAACAACCCAGGGUAUGAUGAUAUGUCAUCUUGUAACUGUACAUCAAACAUAGUGAUCAUAAAUGUUGACAUUGUAUAUGACAUUUGGAAAUGUGAAGUGCACAUUUGGACUCGCGGGGGUUUGGCUUGCUUGUAUGACAUCAAAGCGGUAUUUAUCAUAAUCCUCAAUGUCUCAUCUUUCAAAAUACACAGAGUCCUCCAAAUUUAGUCCUGAAUGAAUUCAUUGUGAAACUGUACUGUAACUACCUUGGAUUCUGUGUUGGAGAGGGGGUAUGCUCAGAGUUUGUUAAACAGUUCUGUAUCUUUGAACCAAAACUGUUCUAGUAACUGGGGGGUCUUGAAACUGGCUUCAAAUUAUUCCUGUGGCCCUGGGGGUUUCACCAGGCAGUUCUGGUCCUGCAGAGGAAGGAAGGACACACCUGGAAGCCCGUGACCCGUAGGUCAAUGGAGGGACACCCCUGUGGUCUGCUCGCACCAGGCAUAGGUUGGUGUCUUUGGUCCUUCCUCCUCGCUGCUGGUUCUGGUGGUGAUGCUGUUUGGUCUGCUCCGGGUGGUUGGCGGUAUGCUGGUCCUGGUCUGGUUGGUGUUGGCCUAAGGAGGGCAGCUGGGGAAAAAAGAAAAGCGGGGAGGAGGGCCACAGACCUAGGGUAGAGGGAGUAAGGCUCGCCUCGGCAGCACUCUACUCGCCUCAAGGCCUACAGUCCGUCAUCUCCUCCUCAGGCAGCUGCUCUGUUGCUCAUUCUGGAUGCUGGGGGGUGGUUCCAGGUGGUCGGGCCACGGUCAAGCCACUGUUACCCUUCCGUCUUCCCCAGUCCUUCAGGCAUUUCCGCUGGACCAGAAAAGCAGCACCAGCCAUGGUCAAGCCACUGUUACUGCCUCCUGGUCCGUCCAUUGAAAAGGAUAGAAGAGGCCUCCCGAGUGGCGCUGCGGUCUAAGGCACUGCAUCAUAGUGCUUGAGGCGUCACUACAGACCCGGGUUCGAUCCCAGGUUGUGUUGCAGCCGGCUGCGACCGGUAGACCCGUGAGGCGAUGCACAAUUGGCCCAGCAUCUGCCUUCCUCUUUCUUUUUCAGUCCACCUUCCUCUCUCUCUCUCAUUCUGCCCAUUCUGCAACUGUUUCCCAGUUAAAUAUAAAUUACCGGGUCUCAUAAAUGUUAGGGCUUCCAAUUACAUAGAGUGCUCUCAUAAACCUCUCUAUAUCCUUCUCCCCUGUCUCUGUCUCUCUGUCCCCCUCACUCUUCCCCUACUCCUUUCUCCUCCCACUGCGCUCUCUCUCUCUCUCACACACCUCUCUCCCCCUCUUUCUCUCUCCAGGUAUUGGUGGUACUCUCCUGUCAACCCGCUCAGAACCCCCAGAUAGAGACGGGUGGAACGUCUCACCUGUCCCCAUGAGGUGAGACCUGCUCUCCAUUCCCAUUUAACAGCCAGGAUGCUCUUCAGCCCCAUUCAGUCCCAUUCAGUCCCCUGCCUUACCGUCCCCUUUGAAAUGGCCUUAUCUCUGUCUUCCAGGCUGACCCUGGCUAUAGGGCCUUUUCCACAUUAUACAGAGAGAACCCAUCAUCCUACUGUUAGAGGAGACAGUCAGUCUGUCAAGAAGCAGAACUGAAUACACCUUUUUGCAAUUACGCUUUUGUCCUGAAUACAAAGCAUUAUGUUUGGGGAAAAUCCAACACAACACAUCACUGAGUACCACUCUUCAUAUUUUCAAGCAUGGUGGUGGCUGCAUCAUGUUAUGGUUAUGCUUGUCAUCGGCAAGGACUAGGUAGUUUUUUGAAAUUAAAAUAAAUGGAAUAGAGCUAAGCAUAGGCAAAAUCCUAGAGGAAAAUAUGGUUCAGUCUGCUUUCCAACAGACACUGGGAAACAAAUUCACCUUUCAGCAGGACAAUAACCUAAAACACAAGGUCAAAUAUACACUGGAGUUGCUUAUCAAGACGACAUCGAAUGUUCCUGAGUGGCCUAGUUACAGUUUUAACUUAAAUCAGCUUGAAAAUCUAUGGCAAGACUUGAAAAUGGUUGUCUAGCAAUGAUCAACAGCCAACUUGACAGAGCUUGAAGAAUUUAAAAAAGAAUAAUGGGCAAAUAUUGUACAAUCCAGGUAUGCCAUUCAUGCUCUUAGAGACUUACCCCAAAACACUCACAGCUGUAAUCGCUGCCAAAGGUGAUUCUAACAUGUAUUGACUCAGGGGGUUGAAUACUUAUCUAAUCAAGAUAUAUUAGUGUUUUAUGUUCAUUUAAUUUAAAUUGUUCAAAUGUUCUUCCACUUUUACAUUACAGAGUAUUGUGUGUGGAUCAUUGACAAAAAAGGACAAUUAAAUAAAAUGUAUCCCACUUUGUAACAUAACUAAAUGUAUAAAAAGUCAAGGGGUGAGAAUACUUUCUAAAGGCACUGUAUGUUCGGUGGUUAGCCUGCUGCCAUUCUCUUGUGGAUGGGUGUGUCUCUGUAUGUAGCACCAGUUGCUUAGGAACUGGAUCAAUAUUUCAAGAUUGUUAUGCCAACAAUCUAGCAGCAGCUGUCUGUUGUCCUAUAAUUGUGAGAAGUUAAUAAUCAUUAUAAUUAAAGUCACUUUACAUGGACAGGUAAUCAGGAAGUUAAAAAAAUAAGCAAUAAAAUCACACAUUAAAAUAAGUAAGUAUAUAAAAGUACACUAAACAUAAGAAUAUACUAACCAGGGAAAACACUAAACAUGAUAACAGACUAAUCUGGGAAGUGAACUAGACUAGGGAUAAAAGCUAAGACAACAGUGAAUCCGGGUAAGCCUGUGUGAAGAGGUGUGUCUUAUCUGUUUCAGAUAUGCUCUCUGACAUUCCCCUCUCUCUCCCUCUCUCUCUCUCUCUCCUAUCCUUGCUGAAGGACAAAAGCUGUGUUUUACAGGGAUGGGUGACAGUAUUAGGUUGUCCUCUCAGGUCUGUCUCCCUGACUCCCAUUGCAGGGGAAUGUAGGGGGCUUGGAGAGGGGGAGUACAGGGAAGAGAGGGGGAGUAUAGGGUGGAGAUAUUGUUGGAGGUUUUGAAGGAGUUGGAGCAGGGAUAGAGGCCAGGUUGGUCCUGCAGGGUGUAAUGUGAGUGUGGCUGCUAAGAGGAGGCAGGCUACUUCAGGCUCUCCAGGCUGCUUGCUACAGGCUGCUUGGUGGGGUGCUCAGGGUGCUCAUGUGGCUCAUAACUGUUUAAUGUGCACCGGAGGAGAGAGUAGAGAGUUUCAGAUCAGGUUCUCAGCUUUUACACAUGCUCAACAAUUUAGGUCAUACAUGCAUAACACAAAAUACGUCACAUUCAGGUACAGAUACACAUUUAAAGGCCAGCAUCCACAACAUACAGUACAGACGCAUACUGUAUACACAAAUAGAGAGAAAUAAUAUGAACUAUAUCAACAUUCAGCACAGCCACACACACAUCCAGUGAUUCUCAAAUCAAAUCCAAUUUUAUUGGUCACAUGCACCGAAUACAACAGGUGUAGACUUUACUGUGAAAUGCUUACUUACGAGCCCAUUCCCAACAAUGUGGAUGUAGGCGUGUGUGUGUGUGUGUGUGUGUCUAAAAUUAACAUAACAGACAAGCAGAUCCUAAGUGCUUAGAAAUGUGAGGAAGUGGGUGAGGUACUCUGACGUCAUUCACCCGUUGCUAGGGUACAAAAAACCCUACUAGUGCAGUAAAACACCUACUAAAAGGUGCUGUUUGUCUGAGCAGUGUGUGUUUGUUCAUUUGUGUGUGUGUGUCCAUGCACAUGUGAGUGCUCUCUCCCUGUCCUUGAUCCACAGAGGACAACCAGAACCAGUGUGCAUGUGGAAUGGUCUCUUAUGUGUCCUAACUAGCUCAGUGCAUAAACGUCUUCCUGUGCCUCUGGGUGUCUCCAUCUAACUCUGGGAAGGUCUCUGUCACACACACUGUCCCCUGGGAGGUCAUUAACACACACACACAUCCGCUGAGCUGUGAGACAGUCUCUGAACAGUGUCAGUAAUCAUCAGAAGAGGUAACAGCCAUGAAGGAGCAGCUAUCAGCUAUGAACUGAUACGCAAAACGACACCGCAUUCAAAACUUAGAAUCUUUCAAUUGAAAUUAUUAUAUAAAAUUCUUGCUACCAAUAUAAUGUUAUUUAUAUGGGGGAUACAAUCUUCCCAGCUCUGCAGAUUUUGCUGCGAAGAGACAGAAUCAUUAGAUCAUUUAUUUUGGUACUGUCCAUUUGUAGCUUGUUUUUGGACACAGGUCCAGGAAUGGCUAAAGGAUUGCAAUAUUUACCUGGAGCUAACCUUGCAGAUAGCAUUACUGGGUGAUCUGAAAAGUCAUAGUCAAUCGAUCAAUAACAUAAUAAUACUUUUAGCAAAAAUGUUUAUUUUCAAUUCACAAUCUGUAGAAACAAUGAGAAUAGAAAGGUUCAGAACUUUUGUAAAACAUCACAGUACGGUUGAAAUAUAUAUGGCAAAUAGAAAUCCUAUAUGGAUGAUGUUAAAAGAUAGAUGGGAGGUGUUGAAUGGAAUUGAAGGAUGGGACUAAUAACAACUAACAACAAAUAAUAACAAGAUGACUAAUAAUGUAAGCAUACUGUAAGCAUACUUAAUAAGUAUAUAGGUUGUAGGUUGGGAGCUUUUGUGAAAGAGCACCGUUAGAAAGAUAUGGCAUAUAGAAGCAAACCGGAUGGACAUCAUGAAAAUGAUCGGACAGGUUGAGAGUAGAGGAAGUUCAGGAGAAAAAACAAACAAAAUAUAAUUAUUGUAAAAUUGACUGUGUCCAUAAAAUGUAGAUAGUCGGUAUAAGCUGGAAGUAGAGGCCUAAGCAUUGUUGUUCACUAGUUUACUCCAUGUAGGGAAAGGGUGGUGGGGUUGGAAAGUAAUAAAGGGGAAUAUAUAUAUAUUUUUAAAGGAUAUGUAUGUGUAUGUAUAUGUGUGUAUAUAUAUAUAUAUAUAUAUAUAUAUAUAUAUAUAUAUAUAUAUAUAUAUAUAUAUAUAUAAAUAUAUAUAUAAAUAUGUGUGUAUGUAUGUGUGUAUGUAUAUAUGUAUAUAUAUAUAUAUAUAUAUAUAUAUAUAUAUAUAUAUAUAUAUAUAUAUAUAUAUAUAUAUAUAUAUAUAUGGGGGAUUGGAAGUGAUGCAGACAAUUACAUUGAUGGAAGUUACAAUCUAUCUGCAAUAUUAAGCUGAUCUAGUUGAUGGAAGUUAAAGGCAAGGAAGUCUUAGUAGACUAUGUGUGUCACUACACAUGAUGCCCCAAGCCUACACUGUAAAACAUUUCCCGUAAAAUGUACAGUAACUUACUGGCAGCAAUUGGCCAGCCAGUAAGUUACUGUAAUUCAUUUUACAGUACAGCUACUGUAAUCAAUUUUAUGUUACCGAAAGUUUUACUGUAAUCUAAUUUACAGUUUAUUACUGGAAUUACCCAUGCAUUGAUAUAUUACCCAGUGUUCUUUGCAAGUUUUCAUUUAGGUCAUUUAGUGGGCGCUCUUGUCCUUAGAAACGUACAAUCACUGCAUUCAACCAAGGUUGAUAAAAAAAUAACAUACAGUACCAGUCAAAAGUUUGGACACACCUACUCAUUCAAGAGGUUUUCUUUAUUUGUACUAUUUUCUACAUUGUAGAAUAGUAGUGAAGACAUCAAAACUAUGAAAUAAUACAUAUGGUAUCAUGUAGUAACCAAAAAAGUGUUAAACAAAUCAAAAUAUGUUUUAGAUACUUCAAAGUAGCCACAGCUUUGCACACACUUGGCAUUCUCUCAACCAGCUUCAUGAGGUGGUCAACUGGAAUGCAUUUCAAUUAACAGGUGUGCCUUCUUAAAAGUUAAUUUGUGGAAUUUCUUUCCUCCUUAAUGCGUUUGAGCCAAUCAGUUGUGUUGUGACAAGGUAGGGGGCGUAUACAGAAGAUAGCUCUAUUUGGUAAAAGACCAAGUCCAUAUUAUGGCAAGAACAGCUCAAAUAAGCAAAGAGAAACGACAGUCCAUCAUUACUUUAAGACAUGAAGGUCAGUCAAUACGGAACGUUUCAAGAACUUUGAACGUUUCUUCAAGUGCAGUCGCAAAAACCAUCAAGCGCUAUGAUGAAACUGGCUUUCAUGAGGACCGCCACAGGAAUGGAAGACCCAGAGUUACCUCUGCUGCAGAGGAUAAGUUCAUUAGAGUUACCAGCCUCAGGAAUUGCAGCCCAAAUAAAUGCUUCACAUAGUUCAAGUAACAGACACAUGUCAACAUCAACUGUUCAGAGGAGACUGUGUGAAUCAGACCUUCAUGGUCGAAUUGCUGCAAAGAAACAACUACUAAAGGUCACCAAUAAGAAGAAGAGAAUUGCUUGGGGCAAGAAACACGAGCAAUGGACAUUAGACCGGUGGAAAUUUGUCCUUUGGUCUGGAGUCCAAAUUUGAGAUUUUUGGUUCCAAUCGCCGUGGCUUUGUGAGAUGCGGUGUGGGUGAACGGAUGAUCUCCGCAUGUGUAUUUUCCAUCAUAAAGUAUGGAGGAGGAGGUGUUAUGGUGUGGGGGUGCUUUGCUGGUGACACUGUCUGUGAUUUAUUUAGAAUUCAAGGCACACUUUUAAGCAGCAUGGCUACUACAGCAUUCUGCAGCGAUACGCCAUCCCAUCUGGUUUGGGCUUAGUGGGACUAUCAUUUGUUAUUCAACAGGACAAUGACCCAACACACCUCCAGGCUGUGUAAGGGCUAUUUUACCAAGAAGGAGAGUGAUGUAGUGCUGCAUCAGAUGACCUGGCCUCCACAAUCCCCUGACCUCAACCCAAUUAAGAUGGUAUGGGAUGAGUCGGAUGGAAGAGUGAAGGAAAAGCAGCCAACAAGUGCUCAGCAUAUGUGGGAAGUCCUUCAAGACUGUUGGAAAAGCAUUCCAGGUGAAGCUGGUUGAGAGAAUGCCAAGAGUGUGCAAAGCUGUCAUCAAGGCAAAGGGUGGCUAUUUGAAGAAUCUCAAAUACAAUUUUGAUUUGUUUAACACUUUCUUGGUUACUACAUGAUUCCAUAUGUGUUAUUUCAUAGUUUUGAUGUCUUCACUAUUAUUCUACAAUGUAGAAAAUAGUGAAAAAUAAAGAAACUCUUGAAUGAGUAGGUGUGUCCAAACCUUUGACUGGUACUGUAUAUCACAGUCAUAGCAAGUAAAAAAAAAUCUGCAAUCGUUACUGAAAAUGUUGUUGUAGUUAAGGAUACAUUGGUCCAUGGGCGGUGUGUUCAAUAGGGCGAUAUGGGCGACGCACUGCCAAACGGGAAAAGGAAGGGAUUUUUUUUCUAAUCAAUUAUAUCAUGGCAACAGUAGUUCAGUGUUCACGUCUGAUCUGCCAGCCACUAAAUGUCCAAUCAGGCUAAAGUCGUGCUUCAAAUGUCCCCGCCCGUUUUGGGGCGAUUUCAGUCAGGUUGAAAAUCGCCCAGAAGUCUCUCAUAGCCUCUAAUGUAAAAUAUUUUUUUUUCAAAUUUCUGAGCUUUCAAUACAUUCUCUAUGGGUGUCUGAGGGCUUGCACUUACGCGCUUUCGUCAUACGUAACGUAACGUAACCAUGAACGGCAGACAGCAACGCUUGGACAGCGACUGGUGUAACCGACAUGCACCAUCUUUCAGAAAAGAUUAAGAAAAAUGAGCUGUCAAAGACCCACAUUGAUAGCUGUUUGAGAUUGUCUGCUUUGGUGAGAGUGAAUAUUGCCACUCAACUGGAUGAGGGAUACAGGCUAGCUGUCCGCCGCCACAACGAUGAGGUUAGCAACAGCAGAGUCGUGAACACUGUCUACGAGAAUCGAGACGACCUCAUAGAAUGUUUUGAAGCCAUCCGGACGGGUUCAUUGGGUUCAUUUGACCAGCCCACCGUACCAGAAGCUACAGAAUAAGGACAUCGAUGCUGUCUUUAUCAAACGUGCCCUCGACAGCUUCGCAAGCAGUGUGCAGGCCAUAAGGUAAGAUAAAGAUUAAACAAUAUCAUUCGAUCUUUCUCAAAGCAGAGCUUUAUUUGAAAAUGUAUGCAUGAAAGGAGACUGCAUUUGUGUUUGAAAUUGCAUUAUUGUCAUUAUAUAUGGCCAGUGGUGUAAUCUAUCUUAUUUUAUAUACUAUGUGUACUGUACAGUGGUGCUCAUAAGUGUAUGAACACAUUCUAAAGCUGACUAAAAAGAGGAAUAAAAAAAUCAUCUUUUGGAAAUUGAUCUUAAUGACUUAAUUAAAAAAGUUGGAAAAUCCAACCUUUAAGGACACCAAUUUUCUUUUCUUUUUUAUUCCUCUUUUUAGUCAACUUUAGCAUGGGAUCAUAAGCUUAUGAGCACCACUGUAUACUGUGCUGAACAUCCAGGCUAUGUGAGACACAAAGGCUAACUUAAACACUAAAGACUUUAUGCAUCCCUGCCCAUUUUAAGUGGAACUGAAGUAUUUGUACUAUACAUGGAUACAUUGCAUAUACCUGUGCAUCACAUAGACAACAAUACUGUACAAAGGCAACAAACACAUUGGUCUGUUUGCCUUCAGGGACUCCUCUCAACAGCAGCUGCAAGAAGCAACAGGAGCCAAAAGACCCAGAACAGCUUUGAGAGAAGAGGAGAAGCAGAGGCUGUCUGAAGAGGUCUGCAACACCAUCCUGGAUCACACCAAAGAAAGGUUCUCUUUCUCUGGCCACCUUGUGAGUGCUACCUUACUGCAAGGAGACAUGUUUGAAAGGUACUGCCAUUCAAAAAAAUAAAAAAUCUGUUCAUGUUCAUUUUUACAAAUCUAUACAAUUGGCCAGAAUAUGGUUGUUCAUAUUUACAAAUCUAUACAAUUGGCCAGAAUAUGGUUGUUCAUUUUUACAAAGCCAUACAUAUUGUUUAUGCAGUGUUGAGGAAUGUGAAAGAACACCCUUGAUUAUUUUUACUGUGAUAACUUAUUUUGCUUUUGUAAGCCAACACUUUUGAGAUCAGUCAAUAAAUGCUUCUGGUAUUGACUUAUAUGCUGCCCCUGUCUUCAUGUUGUUGCUGGACAUAUCUUUUUAAAAAUGUGUGUAGGUCACCUAAAUCAUCAGAAAAAUUGCCCCUCCUGAGAAUUUUUUCAGGAGCCGCCACUGCUUGGUCGUCAAAAUAAUAAUAAUCAUGAUAUAUCUCUGACUAUCUCUUGAUCGCAACAAUAUAUUGCUGACAUAUUCACGGUAACUUCAUGCCAGAGCAAUGAAACAGAGUACAAUACAGUAAAAGUGACUAUUAAACUGUUGGAAAAUUCUUAAUACAAUAUUUAACUGUAAUUACAAGGGAUUAGAGCAAGCAGGUUGGCUGUAGACAUUUGCAUAUUAUAGCAUAUUAAUGGAUAUUAGCUGUUAUAUCACUUGCACUUCUAGAGGCCUAAACAAAGGCUUCCAAACUGGCCGGGAUGACAGGGAAAACAGAUAAAAUGGACAUGGAUAAAUAUUCAACCAUUAAAAGGUUUAAGACCAGCUACCACUUUGAUCUCUUCGCUAUAUACAUUUAAUUGUUAGGGAACUUCUACCACAUAUCACUUAAAUUGGUACGAUGCUCUCACUAACAGGUGCAACAAAUACUGCCACAUACAAGGCAUGCCUAAAAUAUGCUAAUGAGCCAGUGAUUCUUUCUCCUCCCACAAUAUUUCUCCACAAUGCUCCAUCAUUUACAGUAUGCUGCAGUAGAUAUAUAUAGCAAAACAGCAAUACAGUACUAUAUUGUUGAAUUGUAUUGAAAAUAUAAUCAGAAAUUGCUAAUAGUGUAUAUUUAAUUACAUAAUUAUUCAAGCAUACCAAGUGAUAUUUGAUGUUUUAUAUCACUUGCACUUUAGGCCUUAACAAAGGCUUCUAAACUGACAGUGACUACAGGGCAAAACAGACCAAAAUGACGUUUAUAGCCACUCAACCAUUAAAGAUUUGAGACUGGCUGCCACUCUGAUCUGUCCCUUAAAUGUAAUUGUUAGGGAACCACUACCACAUAUCACUUAAAUUGGUACAGCACUCUCACUAACGGGUGCAACAAAUAUAGCCCCUUACAGUACAAGCCUCAAAAUAAGUUAAUGCAUACAAACUAGUAUUCAAAAGGUUUUUGGCACUCCAAAAAUGCAGUAUGGUACUGUGUUCUGAAUUACAGUAAAUUACUGGCAGCAAUUUGCCAGUAAGUUACUGUAGAGUUUCAGGACAAGGUUUGUAGAAUUCCUAAAAUACAGUAUAUUACCGUAUUCUGUGGGGUACAGCAUUCUCACUCACGGGUGCAACAAAUAUAGCCUCAUACAAGGCACACCUUAAAAUAUGUUAAUGAGCCAGAGACUCUUUCCCUGCCCACAACAUUUUCCCACAAUGCACCAUAAUUAAUACUGUAAAACUCAUUUACGGUAUUUUACUGUGCAUUUGAUAGUGUAUUACUGUUGAAAUUACAGAAAGGUCUUAGUGUGCUGUAAAACAAAUGUACUGUAUUUUACUGUGCGUUCUGCGAUAAUCUACUGUAUUCAGUUUAUACAGUAUCAUACUGUUGAUUAAUACUGUAAGUUACUGAUAAAAUUACAAAAACGGCUAACAGUGUAUUGUAGCACUCAGACAAAGGAACCAAAUACAGAUGCAAUGCAGAAAAUGUAAAGCGUGUACAGUAUUUGAGGUUUAAAAAUCCAGAGUGGCGCAGCAGUCUAAGGCACUGCAUCGCUCCUGAAGUUUGUAAUUUCCAUUUUGAAAUUUCAGACUUGAUUUUCCCUUACAAAAAAUGUAUUAACCCCUACAAAAAUGUCCAUUAAUUAUAAAACACAUAAUAAUAAAAAUGUCCUGUUGCUGCAGGAUAAUUUGCCUGCGGUAGCAAACUGGCUCAAAUGAAGAUCCUACUGUAUAGACACAGGCUCUUUAAAUAAUUGGGUUUUCCUCUAAGGAUCAUGACAGUAAAUCUCCACAUGGAAAGAUAUCCACAUGGAAAGAAACCCUCCUCUAUCUCUUCCUCCUCCUCUCAGUGGGGAUUUCGAAAAGAGUUGAAGGAAUGAGAGGAGAAGGGAGGGAGAAGAGAGAGAAGAAGUGAAGGGCAGAUAGAGAGAGAGAGAGAGAGAGAGAGAGAGAGACAGGCUUACUGAGUGAGUGACCUUGUCAAGGUUCCAGGUCAGGAUUAGAUAGCUGUUUCUCUGUGCCAGGGGAAUAUCCUCCCUCCUCACUGCCCUCUCUCUCUGCCCCCUGGUGGGCUAUCACAGCAUUACCUUGUUGUCCUGCCACGAGCCACGAUGUUACCAAAGUUCAACUUACUCUGAGUUGUGUAAUGUGGUUCAAAUUGUGUGUGUGUUUGACUAGGUAAGGUGUGUGUGUGGGUGUGUUUCUGACACAGUCACACUGACUGUACCAUCGCUCUGUCUCCCCAGUAGGAACAGGGAGGAGGAGGAGGAGGAAGAGGAGGUGCUCAGGCUGAAGACCACACGCUCAGCCUCCUGCCCUAACCCUGAAACCCUUGGUCAGAGACAGGGUCUAAGACUGACCCAGCCUCGCCCUCUACCCAACCCAAUUUCCCCAGCCCUCUCCCUCCACUCCCCCCGUUCCCCCCUGUCACCCGUCUCUCCCUCUCUCUCUCCCUCCCCCCCGUGUGACCGGACCCAGAGACCCCCGGAGGCCCCUUUGGUGCCCAGGAGGAGAGGCUCAGUGCUAGCUCGCCUCCUGAAGAGAGAGAGGGUGGUCAGAGAGAGGGAUGGAGAGAAGGAUGAAGAGGAGGGAGGAGAGAGAGAGGCGGAGCUGCAUCUGUACGCUGUGUCACCUACGUCUCGGAUCUACCUGCACCUGCAAAGCUCCUGGAACAGUUACAUUAUAGUGAGUCAUUCCCUGUGUGUGUGUGUGUGUGUGUGUGUGUGUUAUAAUGUUGUAAUAACGUGUAUGUUGUUUUUUCUCCAGAGGUCGACGUUGCUGUUGGACCCCCUCUACAGAAGGAGAUGCAAUGUCAUGUUGAACACCUCCCCACAGAAACAACCCCCCAUUAGGUACUUUCAAAUACUGUUCCCCGUUCAGAUGCUGUUGCUGUUCCCAUCAGGGUCAUGUUCAGUUGACACAAAACGGAAGGAAACUGAUCAAAAUGGGGAGGUACUACCUGAACUUGUCCAUUAAGAAAUGCUUGUUUUGUUGCCCUAAUGAACACAACCCUGAUUCUGUUCCUCCAUCAGAUACUGUUCCCCAGUUGAUAGUUUCCCAUCUUUAGAUACUGUUUCAACAUAUUGUUCCAUGGUCAUUCAUUCACUCCCCUGUCGGUGUGUAGUUGGGAGCGUACAGCCCACCUGUUCCGCCAGCUGAGUGGUGAGUUGCUUCAGGAGGGCAUCAGUCUGGAAGGCAUAUAUCUGCUCCUUCAAGAGCUCCGCACCGCAGCACACCGCAGCAUCACCCUAAGGAAACUCUUCUGGAGGGUGAGAUCACAUCGAUAUUUGUGUGUGUGUGUGUGUUUGUUUCUGUGACUGUGUGUGUACAGCUUUCUCCAUACAUAACUGUGUGUGUAUGUGUGUGUGUGUUAGUCCAAUGACAUGUUUCCGUUCCUGGUGCGGAUGCUGGAAGACUCCCUGCAGAGCUGUCAGAGGCCGGAGACCAACACAGCAGACAGCCUACUGUGAGUGACACUGCGUGUGUGUGUGUGUGUGUGUGUGUGUGAGCACAAAGCUGACAGCCUACUUUGAGUGACUACAGGGAUCCUGGGUUAACACCUGGUUAAGACUACCUCUUAUCUUUUAUAACAUCACCACAAUCACUUGAACAGAUUAAGUAGAGUACCACUGUGAAACACCUGAGUGUGGAUUAACUAAGGAACCCCCCUGGGUUUUCUUUGGGGGUUUUAAGCAGCUUUGUCUUUAUGCAACUAGAUUAUGGGUUAAAUGUGGAUCUCUGUGUCACUACUACACUGUCACGGAGGUCGGGUUGGGUGACAGGUGACAAGUCUCACUGGCCCCCUCCUGUGGUCAGGAAUAUAAAGGUUAAACUCCAUCAUACCUGUUCUCAAAAUGGGUUUAUCUCUGACCGUAACCCACUUUGUCUCCUGUGUCCAGGCUGUGUACUCUGAUCGCUCAGACCCUGGCCUUGAUGUUCAGAGAGACAGAGAUCGAGCCGGCUCGACUCAACAUGCUUACGACCAAGCAGUGAGUACACACACACAUUCUCUCUCCUUCCUUCUCUCUCUCUCGUUCUUUCUUUCUUUCUUUCUUUCUUUCUUUCUUUCUUUCUUUCUUUCUUUCUUUCUUUCUUUCUUUCUUUCUUUCUUUCUUUCUUUCUUUCUUUCUUGAUAUCAUAGGAGUAUACCUAACAGGAGACUGUGUUGUCUCUGUCUGCAGAGGUGCCCUGACAGCCAGGCUGUUACUAGCGUUGGUGUGUGACCCAGAGCUGCAGGCCCAGAGCCAGACCCAGGGAUCGUGGAGCGUCUCCCCAGACUCAAGACAGGGCUCUCCCCCACAUACAGAGGUGAGUGUGGGCCCUGAAUAUAAUUGGUUGGACUUUAACAUUUUGUUUGGUUGUGUAUAUGUUUAUAUGACUUGUGUAAUAGGAAUUUCCAGGUGAACAAAUGAGAAGAACAGUAAAGUAAAUCAAAAACCUAUCUGGUUUAUUACAAGUUGCAACAGGGAAACACCUCCAGCCCAGAAGCAGAGAAAAUGUCUAACUGGCCUUCUCUGAGAAGCCCCUAGUAUCCUAUUCAGCAGACAACUGUUCUGUAAACAUCAGCCCAAGAGGCUUGCAGGAAGUCAAAACAAAAGGCCAGUGACUUUGUGCUAUAGAAUCACACAGUGUUCAGCAGAAUGUCAUCAAUACCACACAACAGUGAAUAAUCAGUGUCCUCGGCCCUUGUACAUCCAGUCUGGUGUCAAACACUAUCAACAGAUAAGACAACAAUCCAUAACAUUGAAGUCUAGUGACCAUCAACCCACAUCUUGUACAAACAGAACACCGGAAAUCAUGUAUAUUACAGAAAGGGAAAAUAUAUAAAUAUGCUAAGCAUUGUCUUAAUCACUCCGCAUUAAAUAUGAACUUUAUUCAUCUUAAAU